AUAAUUCCCUCCCUCCUCCUACGCGCAUAAAUUCCCGUUCCUCUUCCUUCAUCUCUCUCUCUCUCUCUCCCCAUUUCCUCCCCUUCUCUCUCCUCCCUUCUGACGCGGACGCCGGGCGCGUCAGGCACGCUUCCUCCUUUCUCGACUCGUCUUGGUUUAUGAGUUGCUUGGAAUAGGAUGGCAUUGGUCACCACUGCUGAAGUUUGUGAUGCAAACCCCCAGCUGAUUGUGAGCGGUGAACUUCGGGCACUUCAACCUAUUUUUCAGAUCUAUGGACGUCGCCCAGUCUUCUCUGGGCCAGUAGUCACACUUAAGGUCUUUGAGGACAACGUUUUGGUUCGGGAGUUUCUAGAGGAAAAGGGCAACGGCAGAGUUCUUGUGGUUGAUGGCGGUGGGAGCUCACGUUGUGCUAUUCUCGGGGGAAAUCCUGUUGUUCAGGCUCAAAAUAAUGGUUGGGCUGGCAUAGUUGUGAAUGGCUGCAUCAGAGACGUCGAUGAGAUCAAUGGCUGUGAUAUUGGGGUGAGGGCUUUGGCUUCCCAUCCAAUGAAAGCCAAUAAGAAGGGUAUUGGUGAAAAGCAUGUUUCCAUAACUGUGGCUGGAACAAGGAUCUCUGACGGGGAGUGGCUUUAUGCUGACACUGAUGGAAUCCUGAUCUCCAGAACAGAACUUUCUGUCUAGUAUAAGCUAUAAGCACAAAACGGAUCACACGAUGAUACUCUGGCGGGAAUUUGUGACUUGGUUCGUGACCAUCAUAAUUAAACAUAGACGGAUCUUGGUUAGUUUGGACCUACGGAAAUUGAGCCAUCCUUACCCGUCUCUCUGUUGUAUUUGAAUCUUGCUUAGAUAUUCCUGUCAAAUGCUAUUGUAUCCUACUGUGUUGUAUGCACUUUUAAACUGCGUCAAGUCUCUUUACCAUUCUGCGUGACGAUUGAACUCGAUGGUUUCGGUUUUAAGUCCCUGAAAUGAAGGCAGAAGACAGGCGGAGUAUGCAAUUC